AUGCGGCAUUUCUUCUCUAAUUCGGCCUCCUUCCUUGCUGGAUGUGCUUUGCUCAACAUCAGCAACGCAUACGACCUUGUUCGAAGACAGCAAGCAGUGAAUGCAACUUACAAAGAUGCAUCUGCCCCAGUCGAGGCCAGGGUAGCGGACUUGCUUUCGCGGAUGACCAUUGAAGAGAAAACUGCUCAGCUUAUCCAAGGCGACAUCUCCAACUGGAUCAAUACAACCACGAAUGCUUUCAAUCAGACAGGUCUGGAAUGGAACUUCAAUGUCCGCGCGGGCCAAUUCUAUGUCGGCUAUGCCAUACCGCCAGACUGGAUCAGUAAUGGGAUUAAGAUCGGUCAAGACCAUGUCAUGCACAACACGACACUAGGAAUACCAGCAAUGGUUCAGACGGAGGCUAUUCAUGGUCUGUUAGUGGGCAACGCGACAAUAUAUAACAGCCCAAUUGGACAAGCGUGCUCAUGGGAUCCACAGCUGAUCCACGACAUGGCCGUGGCUAUCGCGACCGAAUCGCGGUCUCUUGGAAUCAAUCAGCUUUUCGCACCACUCGCUGAUCUAGCGCGUGAGCUGCGCUUUGGCAGAGUAGAAGAAACCUAUGGUGAGGACGGAUUCUUGGCCGGUGAAAUGGCCUACAACUACGUCAAGGGAGUGCAGAGCCUCAACGUCAGUGCUACUGUAAAGCAUUUCGCGGGUUUCAGCGCCCCAGAGCAAGGCUUGAACACCGGACCAGUUCACGGCGGAGAAAGAGAGCUACGGACGACUUGGCUCCCACCCUUCAAACGUGCUAUCAUGGAUGCAGGUGCAUGGAACAUUAUGGGCGCCUAUCACUCGUACGAUGGUAUACCCUCCAUUGCUGAUGGCCAUCUUCAAGAGACGAUUCUUCGUGAAGAGUGGGGUUACAAGUACUGGCUCACUUCAGACGCCGGGGCAACAGAUCGACUGUGCUGCGCCUUCAAGCUUUGCCGAUGCAAGUCACAAGAUGCACCAAUUGAUAGCGAAGCUGUAACGCUCAUGGCUCUACCAAAUGGCAACGACGUAGAAAUGGGUGGAGGAUCUUACAACUACGCUAACAUUCCUCGCUUGAUGAAAGAGGGUAAACUGGAUAUUGAAAUUGUUAAUAGGGCUGUGAGUCGUCAGCUUCGAGCCAAGUUUGAGAUGGGUCUAUUCGAAAACCCAUACCCGGGUCUCGUUGCGAAUCUGUCUCAAUCCACCAUACACCCUGAAGAGCAUGUUAAGCUCGCACGGACACUUGAAGCCGAUUCGGUUGUUCUGCUCGAGAACAAAAACGCUACUUUGCCGCUGUCAAAGUCCGCCAAUAUCGCCGUCAUCGGACCCAUGGGUAACAUCACCAACCUCGGGGAUUACGUGGUAUACCGCUCCCAGUAUAACCCCACGAAUGUGUCGCCCCUUCAAGGUAUUAUGAGCGCUUCCAAGGGCAAGGUAACAUUUGCCCAAGGCUGUGAGCGCUGGUCAAACGACAAAUCCGGAUUCCUUGCCGCAGUCGCUGCUGCAGAAGCAGCUGACGUCGCAGUGGUUGUUGUGGGCACAUGGUCUCGCGACCAGAACGAACUCUGGCAAGGUUUAAACGCCACGACCGGUGAACAUGUCGAUGUUGCAUCGCUCAACCUCGUCGGUGCAAUGGGCGAGCUCGUACAAACAAUCAUCGAGACCGGCAAACCAACCAUCGUCGUAUACUCAUCCGGCAAGCCCGUCACCGAGCCCUGGAUCUCGGAAAACGCCGCCGCGCUCCUCCAACAAUUCUACCCCGGCGAACAAGGCGGCAACGGUCUAGCCGAUGUGCUCUUCGGCGACGUCACUCCCUCUGGCAAGCUCUCCGUCUCCUUCCCCUACGACGUCGGCACACUACCCGUCUACUAUGACUACCUAAACUCCGGCCGCUCCACCGACCCCGGAGCCACCCUGGCAAACGGCACACUGAAAUUCGGCCAUCAAUAUGUCCUCAAUACCCCCCAGCCCCUCUACGAAUUCGGCUACGGGCUCUCGUACGCAAACUUCACUUACUCAAACGUCACGUUGUCGAAGACAACGGCCAGCGCGAGCGAUAUAGUGACUGCGAUGGUGAGCGUGAAGAAUACAUCGCCCGUGGACGGCAAGGAGGUUGUCCAGGUUUACGUGCAAGACGUAUACGCCAGUGUUGUCGUUCCCAACAUGGAGCUCAAAGGGUUCAAGAAGGUGAUGAUCAAGGCGGGCAAGACAGUGGAUGUUAGCAUUGACCUUGAUAACCUCAACGUUCUCAGCCAGCUUCCGAUCUAG